UGAAAAUGAACCGCGGCUGACACCUGGCUAUAAACCCAGGAAGAAACCCAAAGUCCUAAUCAGAAAUCUGUUGUAAAAAACCCCGAGAGGCGCAGCAGGCACACGAGUGGAGAGAGACGGCCGCGAUGACUUCCAGUAAGAUCGAGAUCCCCGGAGAGGUGAAGAGCGACCCCGCUGCUCUCAUGGCAUCCCUCCAGCUGAUGCCCUCACCGGUGCCCAACCCGGAGAUCAAGUACACCAAGAUCUUCAUCAACAACGAGUGGCAUGACUCUGUUAGUGGGAAGGUCUUUCCUACCUACAACCCGGCUACUGGAGAGCAGAUCUGUGAGGUCCAGGAAGCAGAGAAGGCUGAUGUUGAUAAGGCGGUGCAGGCGGCUCGCCUCGCCUUUUCUUUGGGCUCUGUAUGGCGAAGGAUGGAUGCAUCUGAGAGGGGUCGUCUGCUGUCCAAACUGGCUGACCUGGUGGAGAGAGACAGCAUCUAUCUAGCUACUAUUGAGUCACUUAACAGUGGGAAGCCUUUCCUGCCCACCCUGUUUGUGGACCUCCAAGGAACAAUAAAGACACUGAGAUACUUUGCUGGAUAUGCAGACAAGAUCCACGGCACUUCCAUUCCAAUGGAUGGAGAGUAUCUGACAUUUACCAGAUAUGAGCCCAUUGGAGUUUGUGGACAAAUUAUCCCUUGGAACUUCCCCCUCAUGAUGACAGCAUGGAAGCUGGGUCCAGCAAUCGCAUGUGGAAACACUGUUGUCCUCAAACCUGCUGAGCAGACGCCGCUCACCUGCCUCUACAUGGCGGCUCUUGUCAAGGAGGCCGGGUUUCCACCGGGAGUCAUCAAUAUUUUGCCAGGAUUCGGGCCAACAGCAGGAGCUGCGAUUGCUUCGCACAUGGGCAUAGACAAAGUGGCUUUCACAGGAUCAACCGAGGUCGGCAAGCUGAUCCAAGAAGCAGCUGGGAAGAGUAACCUGAAGAGAGUGACGCUAGAGCUGGGAGGAAAGAACCCCAACAUCAUCUUUGCAGAUGCUGAUUUGGAUCUGGCUGUAGAACAGGCCCAUCAGGGCGUGUUUUUCAACGCAGGCCAGUGCUGCACGGCAGGCUCUCGCAUUUAUGUGGAAGAGCCCAUAUAUGAUGAGUUUGUUCGGAGAAGCGUGGAGCGAGCCAAGAGGAGGAUAGUCGGCAGCCCCUUUGAUCCCACCACUGAGCAGGGUCCACAGAUCAGUCGGGAGCAGCAGAAUCGUGUGUUGGAGUUUAUCCAGAGCGGCAUCAGUGAAGGAGCCAAGAUGGAGUGUGGAGGCAAAGCUCUGGGCUUGAAAGGGUUCUUCAUUGAGCCCACUGUUUUCUCUAACGUGAGGGAUGACAUGCGCAUCGCCAGAGAGGAGAUUUUUGGCCCUGUCCAGCAGAUCAUGAAGUUCAAAACUAUCGAGGAAGUGAUAGAAAGAGCCAACAACACAGAUUACGGUUUGGCUGCGGCUGUAUUCACCAACGACAUCAACAAAGCCAUGACCGUAUCCACAGCCAUGCAGGCUGGCACUGUCUGGAUAAACUGCUUCAAUGCUCUGAGCACACAGUGUCCAUUUGGAGGAUAUAAAAUGUCUGGGAAUGGACGUGAAUUGGGAGAGUGUGGCUUGAAGGAGUACUCAGAAGUGAAGACCAUCACGAUGAAGAUGGUCAGCAAGAACUCUUAAGGCAGCAACACUUUUUUGGGAGGAGGUAGCGUCUUCCUCAUCACUGACCCGCCUCUUGUUGGUCCGUCCACGGUGGCAAACCACAUUAACCAUCAAAACUAGUUAUCUCCAGGGUAACUACAGGCUGUGACCACUCGCUGCCCUCCCAGUUCCUCCAUCAACUCUGCAUUGCUCGCCACGGACAGUCAGCCAAUCCCUGUCCAGCUAUCUCCACCCAGCUUGAGUUUGUGGACUGUCUCCAGUCUAACCGACAACCACUGAACUACCCCCAUAAUGUAUACCUCCUCCACUAACUACACUAAAGCACUCACAGAGACGAUGGGGAGGCUGCUCUGACUGCAAACCCCAAUAACAACCCCCCCCCAGCCGCUACACCCAGAUCCUCAAACCCCCACCCGAUGCUGGAUGCUCAGAGACUCAGUCGCCGCUCUUGCAAUCAACCCUUUACUAGCAACUUUUCAUGUGAUGGGAGGCAGUUUUUCUUUGUACUGUGCGGUAUGAUCGUCAAAAAACCUCAUGUGUCAUUGUCUUGGUAGAAUUUAUGCAAGCAUGUCAGCUCAUUCAAGACCACUGAUGUUGUCCGCCUCAGAUAUGAAUGGAUGAAAUGUUAAUUCAGAAUUAAAAUGGAUUUCUAAUUGUCUUUGUUUAUAUUUUAGCUUGUAUGACUUUAACACUGUAUGUCAAACCUUUGACUGAUGUAAACGUGAAGAUUUUAACCUCUUAAAAAGCAUUUUACUCUCACCUGCUAAAAGAGGAGUAGAUGUAUUUUAAACAUUAUGUAACUGAUUUUCAUUGUUGUCCAUCUAUGUUUAUGUUUAUACAAUCAUAUGCUAUAAAAUUAUAAAAUGACCAUAGUUUUUUUCAGUAAAAUCUUUUUUUUUUACUGGAAAACUCUUUUUCCCUGAAUGUUCACUACAUUAUUAGGAUUCUGUGUCCACAGUCACGUCCUAGCCUCCUUCGCUGCUCAGUAGUUCACACAGUUUACAGUUUUUUAUUCAGGACUGAGAUCUUUGUGGACACAUUUUAUGUUCAACAAAUGGGAGAUAUGGUCAGUAUUAUUUAUAUAGUCCUAUAUCAUUCAUUACUCCAUUUUCUGUAACCAUUUUUCCUGUUAGAGGUUGUAGGGGGGCUGGAGCCUAUACCAAUUGACAUUAGGCGAGAGGCGGGGGUCACAAUGUCAACACAUUCACACUUAUGGGCAAUUUAAAGUCACCAAUUAGCCUAGCUGACACGGGAUGGACAAACAAACUCCGCACAGAAGGGCUCCCCUGUCCUGGGGUAUAGGAACCCUCUUGCAGGAACCCAAUGCUAACCACUGCACCACCGUGCUGCCAGUCCCCCAUAUCACAAAAUUAUCAUCAAGACGCUUUGCAAUUUGUAGGCAUAUGACACCCUCUGUCCCUUUAUCCUCACUUCAAAUGAGGAAAAAUUCCCCCAAUAAAACCCUUUAACGGAGGAAAAAAUGGUAGAAACCAUUAGGAAGAGGAGCUGAGGAAGGAUCCCUCUCCUAGGACAGACACUUUUGUCUGUACAGAAUAACCACAAGAGUAAAAUUACAGUAAAGCCAAUCCACAUAACAAUUCUACAUAGAAUGUAAACAUAUAUGAAUAAAAUGGUAAAAAACA